GUUUGUGUUGCUGUCUGCUCUUUAUUCACUUUGAAGAUGGUAAAAGACCCAGCACGAAAGAUUCGCAAAGUCAUGCAAAGACAUUUACCACCGGAUAUGGUCUUAGAUGCUUCUGUAGAGCAUUUGAUCUAUAUGAAUUAUAUCAUGUUUAUUGAGCGAUUGGCAGAAGAAUCAAACAAGGCUGCUCAAACUAACAAGAAAAAUAAAAUAACAAUCGACGAAAUCAUGGAGGUUGUCGAGAACGUAAUGCAAGAAUUUCGUGGUUAGAAGGGCAAAGAAACAAGGAUAAGCAUGCAGCGACGAUACCCUAAAGCAAAACCCAUCAUGUGUACAUAUCAUUUUGCGUAUAUAUAAUUAAUCUAUAAAAUCGCCUCUAGAUCCGCAAUAUCCUAUGUUCCUGCUUCAAAGUCUACAUGUUUUUUAGGAAGACGAAAUAACCUUAGCAAUUCUUUUCGGCGUAUGUACGUGUCUGUGUGGAAGCUCGAGAUUAGAAGAUCUAUCCGUACAUAAUUUGUUCUGUCGGCACGAUAGAUUAUUCUGGACCUUUUUCUGAACAGGGAAAAAAAGGUACAUCUCCUUACGUUGCGUCCACCAUACCUCUUUUGUUGCUUCUGA